AAUAUCCAAGGUGACUCCAACAAACUCCUUUGAUAUUUGGCCAAGGAAAACCAACAAAAAGCUUUCUGAAUAUUUUUUUCUUUCAUUUGAUAUUUUGUAUAUAGCAAAAAAGCAGCUGGUUGAAGUACGGCUAGGGGAGAAUACUUUGAUAGAAUGUUGAACGGAUGGAAUAGGAACGGGCGGAUCUUUACCUAGAAUCGAAGCUGACCUUUAACUAGGCCGGCCAAGGUUGCUUGCUAACUCUCAGCCACUUGUUUAGAAGAAAGUGCAGCUUGAUUGUCGGGGGGAGAAUCGAAGCUGACCUUUAAACGUAAAUAAUGGUAUGUUUUUGCUUUCUAGUAGACCAGAAGAGGAUGAUGAAGCGGAGUAAACCGGUGGCUGGCUCGUGUUCGAGGUGCGGCCAUGGUGCUAAAGUUGCUGAUAUGCGCACUGCCACCAGAUUUUGUUAUAUCCCCUUUUACUUCAAGUCUUGGAAGGCUAUUGUCUGUAGUUUCUGUGGUGCCAUUCUCAAAUCUUACAGAUAAUUAACAAUCAUUUCUUAAUAUAGCUCUUUCUUUUCUGUGCUUCCGGAGAACAAAGCAUUUCGCAUUCACGUAGGGUUCGGGAAAGGAUUGCACCUCAAGAUGAGUGAUGUAGGUAGGCUAUCAUACUGUAAGUAUAAAUAGGUGAUUCAAAAGCUCGAAUAAUUUUACCGGUGUUCAAGAUAACUUUACCGUUACUUGAAAACAACUUUACUGUUGUUCCAA